CACAUCUUCAUAAAACAGAUACACAAGUUAUGAGAGAAAAAUUAGUUAAUAAAGGAUCUUGUCCAGUGAAAUUUUAUCAUAUAUCGCCUAAAGAUUUAACUAAAUGUCUAUUUAUUGUAAUAAUCUCAAUUGGUGUUCAUAAUUAUCUGCCUCCACCUCCAACUAAAACCCCAUUUAAUAUAAUUGAAAAUUUGCAGAAGAUUAUUGAGAAAGAACAUGUUUUGAGUCUUACUACAUGA